UGGCGGCGGGGGAUGCGGAGCCGGCCGCGGACUAACAUGGGGGGCGGCCACUCCCACAGGGCGCCCGUCUUCGACGAGAAUGAGGACGUUAACUUUGACCACUUUCAAAUAUUGCGGGCUAUUGGGAAAGGGAGUUUUGGAAAGGUGUGCAUUGUACAGAAGAGAGACACCAAGAAAAUGUAUGCCAUGAAGUAUAUGAAUAAACAGAAAUGCAUUGAGAGAGAUGAAGUUCGCAAUGUUUUCCGGGAGCUGCAGAUAAUGCAAGGCCUGGAGCAUCCCUUCCUGGUCAAUCUGUGGUAUUCCUUUCAAGAUGAAGAGGACAUGUUCAUGGUGGUUGAUCUCUUGCUCGGAGGGGACCUGCGUUACCACUUGCAGCAGAACGUGCACUUCAGUGAAGGAACUGUUAAACUGUACAUUUGUGAGCUGGCCCUCUCCUUGGAUUAUUUGCAGAGAUACCACAUCAUUCACAGGGACAUCAAACCUGACAACAUACUACUGGAUGAACAUGGACACGUUCAUAUCACUGACUUUAAUGUAGCAACCAUAGUGAAAGGCUCAGAAAAAGCUUCUUCUAUGGCUGGCACAAAACCCUACAUGGCUCCAGAAGUGUUCCAGGCUUUCAUGGAUGGAGGUCCAGGAUACUCGUACCCGGUAGACUGGUGGUCGCUAGGAAUUACAGCGUAUGAAUUACUGAGGGGUUGGAGGCCCUAUGAAAUUCAUUCAGCCACCCCCAUUGAUGAGAUCCUCAACAUGUUCAAGAUCGAAAGAGUUCACUACUCAUCCACAUGGUGCAAGGGCAUGAUAGCACUACUGAAAAAGCUCCUCAUCAAGGACCCAGAGUGUCGCCUUUCAAGCCUUGCAGACAUCCAGAACUCUCCAUACCUAGCUGAUGUCAACUGGGAUGCUGUUCUAGAGAAAGCUGUGACCCCAGGCUUUGUUCCCAACAAAGGAAGACUGAACUGUGAUCCCACAUUUGAACUUGAAGAAAUGAUUUUGGAGUCCAAGCCUCUCCAUAAAAAGAAAAAGCGACUUGCCAAAAACAAAUCCAAAGAUGGAGCUAAGGAAACCUGCCCACUGAACGUACACCUGCAGCAGUGCUUGGAAACCGUUAGGAAAGAAUUCAUCAUAUUCAACAGAGAGAAGUUAAGAAGACAGCAGGAUCAGAGUGGACAGACUGCCAGCAUUGAUAGCAGAGCAUCUCUUCAGAGCCACGAGAAGCUCCAAGACGGGCGGAACAACAAUUUGCUGGGGCAGGGCUGCACCAGGGGCUGCAGCAGUUAGUGAGCCCUCCCUGCUCCCACACAGGCAGGGCAGGGGGGCUCCUCCCUGCACCCCUUCCUCUGCACCCCUGCAUCCCACCUGGCCCCUCCAGAACAGGAUCCCUGGCCAAGGACAAACCCACACGGCACACUGGCUGACAUUCUCCACAAACAACUCUGCUCUGCUCCUGACUCUUCCACUGGAAAAGUGACCAUCAGCAGCAAAGUACAGUUUUUUAAGUAAGUGUGACUUUUGUUUUCAAAAUCCUGGAAGAAAACUUGAAACAAUUCACUAGGCAGCCUCUCAAAGAUGGCCACAUUCCUGGAUAUUUGCAAGAGACAACUGGGGCCAGCUUUAUCUUGAAGGCUUUAAUAUUACCCCCAAUCUCUCUGUUAAUUAAAAUGGUCCGGUUUGAAAUUUUGUGAAACUGCUGGACACAGCUGUCUCUAAGCACCUGCUGUUGAGUUCAUAACAGAUGUACAUGAUGUAAAUACAUUGAUGUAGUGUCAAAUAGGCCAAACACUGAAUAAUUUCAUUUAAAUACCUGAAACUCAUUGAAAAGGUUGCAGUGCGAGUGUAUUCACCUUGUUCUUUAACAUCAUGUGUUCUGCUUUGUUGUAAAAGGUGUGACCCUGGCCAAGUCAAAGUUUUGCUAGUGACUUUAGUGGAUGCAGGAUCAGAAACACCUUUUUAUUUGUAACAAUAGGCUGACUGAGCCAGAGUUGAAAAGCAGCUUGGUAAGGAGAGCUAAAAACAUUAAGAAUUUGCUCAGAUCCAUUACUAGGUGUUAUAAAAUGUUAAAAAGUUACAUGUGUCUCUGUUUUCAUGGAUCUAUUCUGGAUGAAACUAUCUUGAAUAGAAAGAAACCUACUUUAGUCAAAAGAUUGCUGACAUGAAAUUCUUUUACUUUAAACAGCAGCCAAAAUUCCAAACAUUUAUGAUAUUUUACAACUUGUACAUCCACAUUUUGAUAAAAAAUGCAUGUUUAUUCUGUCUAGUUGUGCUUUUGUUUUGCUUACCACCUGUAAGCACAUUUCAUUUUAACUUUUUAAAACAAAUAGGUUGGGAUUUUGGAAGUGAGAAACAUUUUAUUUGAAAUAAUCUAUUUUUACAGCCUCAUUUCCAUUCUUUUACAAAACAAAGUUCUUUGUAAUUGAAUCUAUUGUAAAUUUUGUUUCAAGUUAUAUGUAAUUUUGUCACAAAUUUUUCACAAAUACAGAUUUUUAUCACUCCAUUAAAUGAUACAGUGUUCCAUAUCAUCAACAACAAACAGUUUACAAAUGUAUAAAGGUAAAGAUUUUAUGUCUGUCACGAGCAUGGUGUU